AUGGGCGGCCCAAUUAGUCGAGAAAAGCUCGACACACAGGUACAUGAGACACUCAAAACCCCUGUCGCAAAGCAAGAGACUGUAGUGGUUUCGGCGGCUCCCUCUCCACAUGAUGAUGGCUGCGCAACCCCCACUGGACAGGAAUUGGAGUCUCUCCGUCGCGUCGCUGGAAGCGUUCGAUGGACUGCAUAUACCAUCGCCUUUGUUGAGCUGUGCGAACGGUUCUCCUACUAUGGGACCACUGCUGUUUUUGUCAACUUUAUCCAACAGCCUCUUCCGCCCAACUCGAGCAGUGGUGCCGGUCAUGCAGGACAGUCGGGAGCUCUAGGCAUGGGCCAGAGAGUCUCCACGGGCCUAACUACUCUCAAUGCUUUCUGGUGUUACGUGACGCCGAUUGUUGGUGCCUGGGUGGCCGACGAGUUCUGGGGCCGCCUGAAGACCAUCCAAGUUGCCAUCGCCUUUGCCAUGGUUGGACAUAUUGUGUUGAUCAUCGCGGCUCUUCCCCAGGUGAUUGUGCAUCCCAGCGGUGCGUUGGGUUGCUUCAUAGUCGGUCUGAUACUCUUCGGAAUUGGCGUGGGUGGUUUCAAAUCGAACAUUGCUCCUCUAAUCGCAGAGCAGCACAAAGAAACCCGACACUAUAUCAAAACUCUUCCAAAAACUGGAGAACGUGUCAUCGUGGACCCGGCUCAGACAAUCACCCGGAUUUUCUUGUACUUCUACUUCAUGAUAAAUGUUGGCUCCUUGCUUGGACAGAUUGUCAUGGUAUACGCAGAGAAAUAUGUUGGAUUUUGGCUCUCAUUUGUCCUUCCCACCAUCAUGUUCGCCAUCUGUCCACUCGUGCUUUAUGUCUGCCGCAAGAAUUACGAGGUCACUCCCCCAACUGGGUCAGUAGUGGGCAAGGUGUUCAAGCUCUGGGCAUUCGCGCUCAAGGGCAGGUGGUCUUGGAAUCCUAUCAGAUUUGUCCAAAACUGCCGAGCGAGUGACUUCUGGGAGAACGUGAAGCCCAGCAAAGUCCAGAGGAGGCCAGUGUGGAUGACAUUUGACGACAAAUGGGUCGACGAGGUACGCAGAGCCAUCAAGGCAUGCGCCGUCUUCCUCUGGUAUCCUCUGUACUGGCUGGCCUACGGACAAAUGACCAACAAUCUCACCUCUCAAGCGGCCACCAUGGAGCUUCACGGCGUCCCAAAUGAUAUUAUCAUGAACCUGAAUCCGCUGACUCUGAUUAUCUUCAUACCCAUCAUGGACCAGUUUGUGUAUCCUGGAAUUCAGCGGCUGGGCGUCCGGUUUACCCCUCUGAAGCGGAUGUACGCGGGCUACAUGCUCGCCGCUCUAUCCAUGGUAUCAGCUACCGUGAUACAGCACUAUAUCUAUAAAACGGGUAAAUGUGGCAAGUAUCCGGGCGAGAAGAGCUGCGAGGCUCCUGCGCCUAUCAACGUCUGGGUGCAAGCUGUGCCGUACGUCUUGAUCGCUUUUUCAGAGAUCUUCACCUCGAUCACUGGAUACGAGUAUGCAUUCACCAAGGCACCGAAGAAUAUGAAGAGCUUAGUACAAUCUAUCUACCUCUUCAUGAAUGCUAUUUCGUCGGCAAUCCAACAGGGUCUAACCCCUCUAUCUACUGAUCCCCUCCUUGUGUGGAACUAUGGUUUCGUCGCUGUUCUCGCCUUUAUCGGGGGUAAUCUCUUUUGGAUCACGCAUCGCAAGCUGGAUAAGGAAGAGGACGAGCUCAACAGACUCGAGGCGUCUUCCUACCUGGGCCGUAGGCCACGCGCUCAGAAUGAGAAGACCGAUGUCUAG